UUAACUAACUGGAUAAUAGUUGAUCAAUGAAACUAAACAUGUUACAAAGCAGAACAACUAACGGACAAUAGUAUGCAAUAGAUUGAUUUCUUUCAGCAUCAUAUUUUGGAAAUACAAAUCCCUUGGAUUGUACUAUUUAAGAACGAAAGAUGUCAAAUUCAAAGUUUAAAUUAACUGGAGAAAACACAAACCUGGCUCGUGUGGCACAGAUGAUAUUGGGUCCAUGCACUAACUUACUACGUGAUGUUCUUGGAAAGGAAAUUUCUCCGUCCAAUUUGGAAACAAAAGUCAGAGCUUAUAUUGCUAAAACAAAGAAACCACUGAUCAACCAACACCAAAAGACACUCGUCUACAGUAAAGAUUACCUAAAAUUCGAUGUUACGUUACUGUACUUUUUAUUACGGAAUAUGUGCUCGAUCCAACCGCAUUUAAACAAAUGGGGAAACAACCCACAUCCCGGAGACAGAAGUGUGUCAGGAAACAUCGAACGGAUUCGUCUGAUAAGAAAUGAAUAUGGACACAAUACGGAAAGAACUAUCUCCGAUACAGACUUUAAAAUAAAAUACAAAGACAUUAAGGGCAUUGUUAAAGAGUUAGAGAACUACUUAGGUAGUUCUACUAAAUACCAGGACGAAGUAAAGGAACUGAAAACUUGUACCAUGGAUCCUACACAAAGCGAAAAAAAUAUCAAAGAGCUUCUUGACCUCCAUGAAAAAAUUAAAGAUAUUUCAGGGGAUGUCGAAGAAAUGAAGAAGACAGUUCUUCCUUGGAAUAUAAAAGUUAUAUAUGAAAAGGACGUCCUUAAAUGGAAAGAAGAUGACAUUUUUUUUGUUGAAACCCACAACUUUAACGCGAUGCUAAACAAAGUUAGACAGCAUCCGUUUGUGAUGUUUGUUGGUGUCCCAGGCUCAGGAAAAACAGCUACAGCCCGUCAUAUCGCACUGUUUUUGCAAGAGAAAGACGGGUAUGAAAUAUUACCAACCAAAGACAUAAAGGACAUUGAAACGUAUUGUGACCCUCACAAUCCACAAGUGUUUGUUAUUGAUGAUGUUCUAGGUGUGUUUGGGUUUGACAUGAAGGAACUUGAGAAGCUCACCAUGUAUAAGAAUAGAUUAAAUGAACCUACAAUGCCAGAAACCAAGGUUCUUAUGACAUGCCGGGAGGUAGUUUUUAAACAUGAAGAUUUCUCAGGAUCCAUUUUGUCCAAUAAAAAACACGUAGUUCAGUUACACAGCGAAGAGAAUGCUUUAAAUGAUCAAGAUAAAUAUGAUUUAUUUGCAAAAUACAACUUAGAUAAAGAUUUGUUAUCAGCAGACACUUUGUCAAAAAUAUCGAAAAGUUUUCCAUAUCUAUGCAAAUUGUUUUCAAGAAAGGAAGAGUUAAAACAUUAUGGGCCACAGUUUUUUAUUUCACCUGUUCCAUGUAUAUUGGAACUUCUCAACAACAUGAAAACAAGAAACAAGGUUCAUUAUGCGUCAUUAGUUUUAUUAAUGACAAAUCAAAAUUCAUUGUCAGAAAAAAAAAUUAACAAAGAAACCACGACGUAUUUUGAUGAAAUGAGGUUCCAAGUUUUAAAAAGAUGCAAAGUUGACCCUACGACCUGUAGUUUUUAUUUUAUUGAUGCAUUGACUGAAAUGGAAGGGACUUACACUGAGCAAAGUCAGAGGGAGUUUAAAUUUAUUCACGAUUCCAUGCUUGAAAUAAUUGCCUAUCAUUUUGGUUGUCACUUUCCAGAGCUAAUUUUGCAAUAUAUGGAUAGUGAUUACAUUGCUAAUUAUAUCAAACCAGCCAAAUACAAAUGUAGGAAACGUAAAAGAGAAGAAGACGAAUUAGAACAAACAGUCGAUGCGAAGGAAGGCAGUGAUACAGUUGCUGACGAAGAAUAUGUGCAUGAUUUGUGUAUAAAACUACAGGAGUCCCAUUACCAUUUACUUGCUGAUCGUUUGUUUGAAGAUGUACAUAAAGGCGAGUUGUUUAAUGUUUUUGAAAACGAAGCGUUAAAACAUCCGUUGGUGCUUCAGAAGUUUUUGGAUGUGAUGAAGAGUAAGCCUUAUUCAGAGUUGUUCACCGUAUUUCUGUCAGAGUUAAAAGAAAAACAAGUUAAACAAACAAAAACAUCUAAAAAACAAUUUUUCUCGAGCAAGAGCUAUAAUUUGCUCAUGAAGUCAAAAUGGAUCGACGAAGAUGAUGACUUUUACACGUAUACUCGUGCCAUUGACUGGGUUAUAUUCUAUGGACACAAUCAAAUUUUACAGUUUAUCAUAGUUGAGAUAUUAAAAAACACAAAAACGGUCAAUGACCUAUUUCGAACUCCUUUCAACAUUCGAUCGGAAGACUUUUGUACUACAGUACAGGGAACAGAUUGUAAUAAAAGAAAUGAAUCAGAAAUCAAGGAAAACAGUGGAGGGAGAUGUGGUGUGUCAGAAGAUGAAUCAUGGUCUGAUUUGUGCUCUGAAAAAAGUAAUGAAUCUUUUGGUACCGAGCCAGUCUUACUUGAAAAGUGCCGCCUACUUAAUCUUAGUUGUUAUAGUGGUGACCUUCUGACUUUCCAAACUUUACUUCCAUAUUGUGAUAAAGAUGUCCUUUUUUCUGAAUCAUGGUGGAAAGGCAGCUUUUAUGGUGAUUAUGAUGAUGAUGAUCAUGAUGAUGAUGAUGAUGAUGAUUAUUGGAAAAUGUCUGAUCCACCGAUUGUUGUUGCAAGUAAAAGGGGACACACGAAUAUACUUCUUGAGCUGUUAAACCUUGGUGCAGAUGUAAAUGACGACAGCUAUUGUGACAAAUCACUGGUUGUUGCAUGUUUAAAAGGAUAUUUUGAUAUGGUAAUUGAAUUGUUAAAACGUAAAGCAAAUGUCAAUAUAACAGACAAUUAUAAGACCCCACUCAUUGUCACGUGUUUAAAAGGGUAUUAUGAUAUUGUACUUGAAUUGAUAAAACACGGAGCAGAUGUCAAUAUCAAAGAUUAUGAUGAUUCAACACUUAUUGCUGCAUGUUCAGAGGGGCAUCUUGAUAUAGUACUUGAAUUGUUAAAACAUGAAGCAGAUGUCAAUAUCACAGUGUCUUAUGAUUCACCCCUUAUUGCCGCAUGUUUAAAAGGACAUCUUGAUAUUGUUCUUGAACUGUUAAAACAUGAAGCAGAUGUCAAUAUCAAAGUAUCUGAUUAUUCACCCCUUGUUGCUGCAUGUUCAAGGGGAUAUCUUGAUAUUGUACGUCAAUUGUUGAAACAUGGAGCAGAUGUAAAUAUGGAAGUUUCUGAUAAUUCACCCCUUUUUGUUGCAUGUUCGAUGGAUUUUAAACAUACGGGAAACAAUCUGUUAAGACAAGAUGAAGGUGUAAAUACCGGAUAUUUAUCAGAUGAAUCUAAAUAUGCUGCAUGCUCAAAAGUUCAGUUAGAUAUGAUACACGAACUCUUUAAAUAUAAAGCAGAUGUCAGUAUCAAAAACUGUCUACGUAUACCUAUUUUUGCUGCUUGUUGUAAUAAAUAUAUAAAUGUAGGUACGGUACGAGAAUUGAUAAAACAUGGCGCAAAUGUCAAUCGGGCUAACAGUACGCGACUCCCACUCAUCGCUGCAUGUGAAAAUGGACGUUUUGAUUUAGUUAUUGAAUUGUUAAAACAUGGAGCAGAUGCCAAUGUCAUAGUUUCUGACAACUUACCACUUAUUAUUGCAUGUAAAGAAGGACAUUUAGAUAUGGUUCGUGAACUGUUAAAACAUGGAGCAGAUGUCAAUGCCAUGGUUUCUAAUAACGUUCCACUUCUUGAAGCAUGUUCAAAAGGACAUUUGAAUAUAGUCCUUGAAUUGUUAAAAUAUGGAGCGGUUGCCAAUAUCACAAUUUUUAAUAAUUCCCCACUUAUUGCUGCAUGUUCAAAUGGGUAUUUCAAUUUGAUAUGUGAACUCUUGAACCAUGGAGCAGAUGUAAAUAUGAUUGUUUCGGGCAAAUCACCACUUACUGCUUCGUGUAUAAUUCAUUAUGAUGAAAAGACACGUCAGUAUAGACAAAGUGAAGGUGCCAAAAUCGUAGAUUUUUGUCCGAAAAAACAUUUAAAUAUAAUUCGCGAACUAAUAAGAUAUGGAGCAGACGUCAAUGGCAAAAACUGUACAUAUUCACCACUUACUGCUUCUUGCUUGGAAGGUCAUUUGAAUAUAGUUAAUGAAUUGUUAAUACAUGGAGCAGACGUCAACAAAGGUUCUGGUGGUUCAUCACUCACCGCAGCUUGUUCAAAAGGACAUUUGAAUGUUGUAAAGGAAUUGUUAAAACAUGGAGCAGAUGUCAACAUCACAGUUUCUCAUAAUUCACCCCUUAUUGCUGCAUGUUCAAAAGGACAUUUAAAUAUAGUACUUGAAUUGUUAAGACUUGAAGCAGAUGUCAAUAUCAAAGUUUCUGAUGAUUCAUCCCUUAUUGCUGCAUGUUCAAAGGGACGUUUUGAUAUAGUACUUGAAUUGUUAAAACAUGGAGCAGAUGUCAACAUCACAGUUUCUCAUAAUUCACCACUUAUUGCUGCAUGUUCAAGAGGACAUUUUAAUAUAGUACUUGAAUUGUUAAAACAUGAAGCAGAUGUCAAUAUCAAAGUUUCUGAUGAUUCAUCCCUUAUUGCUGCAUGUUCAGAGGGACGUUUUGAUAUAGUACUUGAAUUGUUAAAACACGGAGCAGAUGUCAAUAUUAAAACUUCUGAUAAUUCCCCACUUAUUGCUGCAUGUUCAAGAGGACAUUUUAAUAUAGUACUUGAAUUGUUAAAACAUGAAGCAGAUGUCAAUAUCAAAGUUUCUGAUGAUUCAUCCCUUAUUGCUGCAUGUUUAGAGGGACGUUUUGAUAUAGGACUUGAAUUGUUAAAACACGGAGCAGAUGUCAAUAUUAAAACUUCUUAUAAUUCACCACUUAUUGCUGCAUGUUCAAGAGGACAUUUUAAUAUAGUACUUGAAUUGUUAAAACAUGAAGCUGAUGUCAAUAUCAAAGUUUCUGAUAUUUCACCACUUAUUGCUGCAUUUUCAAGAGGACAUUUUGAUAUAGUACUUGAAUUGUUAAAACACGGAGCAGAUGUCAAUAUUAAAACUUCUGAUAAUUCACCACUUAUUGCUGCAUGUUCAAGAGGACAUUUUAAUAUAGUAUUUGAAUUGUUAAAACAUGAAGCAGAUGUCAAUAUCAAAGUUUCUUCUGAUUCACCCCUUAUUGCUGCAUGUUCAAAAGGGUACUUAGAUAUAAUAGGUUUACUAUUAAAACAUGGAGCCGAUGUCAACAUGACAGUUUCGGGUAGAUCACCACUUACUACUUCAUGUAAAAUAAAUUAUUCGGCUAUGAAAUUUAAUCUGCUAAACAUAGCAGCAUAUGCAAAAAACCUUUCUAAUGAUACAUUAUUCCAUUUGUCAUUCUCAAAAGUUCAUUUAGCUAUAAUACGUCAACUAUUAAAACAUGGAGCAGAUGUCAAUGUCAGACACUGUGAUGACUCACCUUUAAAUGCGUCUUGCUCACAAGGACAUUUAAAUAUAGUUAAUGAACUCCUUAAACACGGAGCAGAUGUCAAUACCAAAGUUAAUGAUAAGUCACCACUUAUCACAGCUUGUCAAGAAGGACUUUUAGAUAUAGUGGAUGAAUUGGUAAAACAUGGAGCAGAUGUCAAUAUCAUAGUUAGUGAUAGUACUCCACUUAUUACAGCCUGUCAAAAAUGGCAAUCAGAUAUAGUGCAUGAAUUGUUAAAACAUGGGGCAGAUGUCAAUAUGACAGUUUCUGAUAAUUCACCCCUUAUUGCUGCAUGUGCAAAAGGACAUUUAGAUAUAGUACUUGAAUUGUUAAGACAUGGGGCAUAUGUCAAUAUGACAGUUUCCAACAAAUCCCCCCUUAUUGUUGCAUGCACAAAUGGACAUUUAAAAGUAGUUUUUGAAUUGUUUAAACAUGGGGCAGAUGUCAAUGUCAUAUAUUCUGAUAAUUCACCUCUAAUUGCUGCAUGUACAAAAGGAAAUUUAAAUGUCGUUCUUGAAUUGUUAAGACAUGGGGCAGAUGUCAAUCUCACAGUUUCUGAUAAAUCACCCCUUAUUGCUGCAUGUGCAAAAAGACAUUUAGAUGUAGUUCUUGAAUUGUUAAGACAUGGGGCAGAUGUCAAUAUCAUAGUUGAUGAUAGUACUCCACUUAUUACAGCUUGUCAAGCAUGGCGCUCAAAUAUAGUGCAUGAAUUGAUAAAACAUGGGGCAGAUGUCAAUAUGACAGUUUCCAACAAAUCACCCCUUAUUGUUGCAUGCACAGAUGGACAUUUAGGAGUAGUUUUUGAAUUGUUAAAACAUGGGGCAGAUCCCAAUGGUAUAUUUUCUGAUAAUGCAUUUCUUAUUGCUGCAUGUGCAAACGGAAAUUUAAAUGUCGUUCUUAAAUUGUUACGACAUGGGGCAAAUGUCAAUCUCACAGUUUCUGAUAAUUCACCCCUUAUUGCUGCAUGUUCAAAAGGACAUUUAGAUGUUGUUUUUGAAUUGUUAAGACAUGGGGCAGAUGUCAAUAUCAUAGUUAAUGAUAGUACUCCACUUAUUACAGCUUGUCAAAAACGGCAUUCAGAUAUAGUGCAUGAAUUGUUAAAACAUGGGGCAGAUGUCAAUAUGACAGUUUCCAACAAAUCACCCCUUAUUGUUGCAUGCACUAAUGGACAUUUAAAAGAAAUGUUUGAAUUGUUAAAACAUGGGGCAGAUGCCAAUGCUAUAUUUUCUGAUAAUUCACCUCUUAUUGCUGCAUGUACAAAAGGAAAUUUAAAUGUCGUUCUUGAAUUGUUAAGACAUGGGGCAAAUGUCAAUCUCACAGUUUCUGAUAAUUCACCCCUUAUUGCUGCAUGUGGAAAAAGACAUUUAGAUGUAGUUCUUGAAUUGUUAAGACAUGGGGCAGAUGUCAAUAUGACAGUUUCCAACAAAUCACCCCUUAUUGUUGCAUGCACAAAUGGACAUUUAAAAGUAGUUUUUGAAUUGUUAAAACAUGGGGCAGAUGUCAAUGUUAUAUAUUCUGAUAAUUCACCUCUUAUUACUGCAUGUACAAAAGGAAAUUUAAAUGUCGUUCUUGAAUUGUUAAGACAUGGAGCAGAUGUCAAUCUCACAGUUUCUGAUAAAUCACCUCUUAUUGCUGCAUGUACAAAAGGAAAUUUUAAUGUAGUUCUUGAAUUGUUAAGACAUGGGGCAGAUGUCAAUCUGACAGUUUCUGAUAAUUCACCCCUUAUUGCUGCAUGUGCAAACGGACAUUUAUAUAUAGUACUUGAAUUGUUAAGACAUGGGGUAUAUGACAAUAAUACAUGUUCUGAUAUUUCCCGAUACAUUGAUGCUUGUUUAAAAGGGACGUUUAUGUUAUGUUCGUGAACUGUUAAAUCAUAAAGCAGAUGUCAAUAUUACAUUUACCGAUACUUGCCAGCUUAUUGAUGCUUGUUCAAGAGGACAUUUAGAUAUAACACGUUGACUGUUAAAUAAUGGAGCAGAUGAGAACAUCACAAGCUCAAAAUAUUCUCCACUGAUUUUUGCAUGUUCAGAAGAAUAUUUAGACAUAAAACGUGAACUUUUAAAAAUGGUGCAGAUGUCAACAGAAGAGUUUCUGAUGUGUCACUAUUUAUUACUGCUAGUUCAAAAAGUUGUUUAAGUAUAAUAUUUAAAUUGUUAACGUACGAAGAGUAUAGCAUAUGUUUCAUUUUUCUGUUAAAUCUGCCUCCAAAAGUCGUUAAGAAAUUAUAUGUGCACUAUUAAAGCAUUGUUUUUGUGUUGUUUAAAAUGAUACAUCGUGUUUUAAGUUCAAUUUCAAUUCAAAAUGAAACUUUGAUUGAAUUGUUUUGAAUAAUAAAAAUACAAUGUGUAUAGUUUUAUUUAUAUGAUAGAAAAAUGUCAUCGCCAAGGCCUGCAUUUACGUUUUUUCAAGGUUUUUACCUCAGAAUAAAUGUCACGCUUUAAAGUCUAAAAAAAGCCUCAAACAACACAAUAUUUGGAUUAAAUUAUAUAACGUACGCUUUUUCUAAUUUUUAUAGCAAAUUAAGAAACGUUUCCGUCCAUUUAAAAUAACUAUGGUGUGCUUUCUGUAUCUAGAUCAAAAAUUAAAAAAGCAAGACAUGCGAAUUAAGAUACGAUGAAUGUUUUGCUUCGAUAGAUGGAAAUCACUCAAAAAUGUUAUGGAAUUGAUAUGUCAACCUAAAAGUAAGAGCAAGUUCCACAGGAUGAAUGACCAUCUUUAAGUUCUCCUUAAAGAUAGCUUAAAGAUGCUUAAAGGUAGCUUAAAGACGAUCUUUAAGCCACCUUUAAGCUACCUUUAAGCUAUAUGUGUUGCUUAAAGAUGGCUUAAAGAAAGCGUAAAGAUGGCUUAAAGGCAGCUUAAAGACUGUCUUUAAGCCACCUUUAAGCCACCUUUAAGGACACCUUAUAGGUCCUUAAUGUCCAAACUUCUUUAAGCUACAUUUAAGCUACCUUUAAGCCAUCUUUAAGCCACCUUUAAGCCGCCUUUAAGCCAUUAAAAAUCUUUUAAUUCAAUAUUGUGCUUAAUUUACCAACAAAAUAUAUUAACUAUAUGAUAAUGAAAGAAAAGGUAUUAAAAACGGUUUUUGUUUUAGAAAAUAAAAUGAAAAAAAAAUAAUCAAAACGCCCAAGACAAGGAUUGAAUCCGGGACCCUUCGUUUACCAGCAUCACCUCGCUUCCUCUGCGCCACGGCUACUUAUGUAUUAGGGAAGUUUUUAUAUUCUAUAUAUCAGUGGAUAUUGAAUCAAUGUAUUCAAUGUGUAUUUUUUACUUGUAAAGAUUUUGACUUCCAUUCAAAUUGUAACAAUCAAUCAUAUCUAAUUUAUAAAUUACAUGCAUGCAUAUAUUUAGAAUGAAAUACGGAGUUUGGUCUUCAGUGAAAAAAAAUAUAUUAUACCAUAAUGGAAACCGUUAGGCUUAUUCAGUAAAUAAAUUUAAACCGAGUAGAUAAACGUUCAUCUUAUUCACAGCUAAAUGAAAUGCAAGGAAGAAGAUGAAAUCAUUUCUUUUAUUAAAUGCAUUGAAACUAUUAUGGUAUUAUUUCUACGCAAUUUUCCCGGUUUUCAUGAUCACGGCGCCGUUCUAGUAUGUUUAAACAUGUACUUGUAUACAUGAUUUUUAGACUAUCAAUUCUAUAACAUACAAUAUUACUAAUAACGGGUGACGUAUUUACUGCAUGUGGCAAUUGCAAAUGAUGUAUACAUAUACUUGUACAUACAAUUGUAUGAUGUACCAGGCCGGGUAUGUGACAUAUUUACUCUUAUACAUAUAUUUAAACAAUUAACCCCUAUUUAUGAUCACCGGUACAGGAAUUAAUUAGCCUCUAGAUUUUACUCUUACAUACAUGUAUCUUUAAUUUGUAGACGUAACAUUUUAAAACACAGAGUUGAGAAAUAAUUCUUUGAAAAUGAAUUACAAAUGUAAAUAAACUUUUAUUCACUAGAAUUAUCGUAUACACGUACAUACUAAGAUUCAACGCCUUUAGAAACACUGACUUGCACCUGGGCACACGACACACCUGUUGUGUAUAUCUUGUAUAUUCUGUGUUAGUUCCAGGGGUUUUCUGAAGUUGGACAAACAAUAGACUAAUUAGAUAUACACAAACAUGCACCUGGGCACAAGACACAACUGUUGUGUAUAUCUUGUGUAUUCUGUGUUAGUUCCGGGGGUUUUCUUAAGUUGGACAAACGAUAGACUUUAACUAGACAUACACAAACAAAACUAUGUCUAGACAAACAAAGCAGUAAUAUCCUGCCCGAUAUAACAGAGGCAGUUGAGAGUAUUUUCAUCUUUAAUAUGUAUCUAGUAGAUCUAGAAUUAGACCUAGAAAUAAUUAAAAUUGAAAAAAAUACAUACCUUCAACUGAUUAUUAAAUUAAAUCAUGCAGUUUUGGUUCAUUAUCUUUAUUUUGUUUAAGAACCGGAUGAACUAAGAGAGAGAGAGAGAGAGAGACAGAGAGAGAGAGAGAGAGAGAGAGAGAGAGAGAGAGAUUUCACCGAUUAAUUUAUAAUAGGAAACAAACAUAAUUAGAUAUAAUUUCAUACACAAAUUUAGAUACAGAGACUGCGCUCACCCUACAAUAAUUUUGUAUAAUUUUGAAAAAAAAUUUAUAAAGAAGUUUAUAACGGCAAUCUGUGUCCAUCGGAGCGGUGUUGAUGAUAGCGAUAUGUGUUUAAUGGCACGAAAAAUAAAACCGCCUGGAACAUCCCCUCUCCUUCCUUGGAAAUUAUAUCAUCACUCGGAUCACCCCUCCCAUACCUAUAAAAGAGCUUCUGCAUUUUAUACGUUUUUAUUGUUCAGUUUGAUCAAACCUGACUUAAAGGGAACUUAAAGAUGGUUUAAAGACAACUUAAAGGGAGCGUAAAUGCCACUUAAAGAUGCUUAAAGGUAGCUUAAAGAUGGCUUAAAGGUGACUUAAAGAAGUUUGGACAUUAAGGACCUAUAAGCUCAGCUUAAAGGUGACUUAAAGGUGGCUUAAAGAUUGUAUCUCCUUUAAGCCACCUUUACGCCACCUUUAAGCCACCUUUAAGGACUUGCUUAAAGAUUGUUUUUCGCCCUGUGUUAGAAGUAUAUCCUUGAUGUGGUUAUAAAAAAAAACAUGUGUCACGUUAAUUGAUAAAUUAGUCAGAAGACAUAGGCUCUGAAGGAAAAUAAAAGUAGGAUUCUCAUGUCUUCAGUUAUAUCAAAAAAUUACGUUAAGAGAAUUUGAAAGAAAUUACAAACCAAAGGGAAAUUUUGAAUGAAAUUGAAAGUUUUUAUAAGAAUUUAUAUAAUAAAAAUGAUGAUAAAUCUGACUAUAAUCUAAAUGAAAUUUUAACAAACAUUGAAUAACUGUUUUUUGAAACAAGAUAGGACAUUUUGUGGUUCGAUCUCUAAAUUAUGGGUACAAAGUUCGGGAACUCUCAGUCACACAGAAACAAGGAAUUAUUACCUGUAUCCCAAAAGAUGGUAAAAGUAAAUUUGUUUAAAAAAAUUGUAGACCAAUAACACUACUAAACACUGGAUGAAAAAUCAAGUUUCAGCAAAACUGAAACUAUAUGGAAACCUUGCUGAAACUUGAAGUUGAAGUUUCGUGUAUAGUUUCCGCAAUGCGGAAACCAUUAUAUCGAUUCAGCAAGUAUCCAUUAGGUUUCAGUCAGCAGAAACUUUAGUCUAAGAUUCCUGAUGGUUUCUGCAAUGCAGAAACUAAAUUUGAAUCGUGUGAAAAGUUGUGUUAAUUAUUAUGGAAAUAUCAAUCAGUUUCAGAACAUUUCCGCUAGGUUUAAGUAUGCUGAAACUUUAAGUUAAGAUUCCAAAUGGUUUACGCAUUGCUGAAACUAUUGAUAAAAUUGUUUUGAGUUUAAUAGUGAUAUCAUUUAUUUGCAACAGGUUUAAUUUUAAUUCUAGCCUAAUGAUAAUGAAUCUGUACAUACUAAAAUAUAUAGUAAGGUUUCAGCGUGACUGAAACUAUAUGUAUACAUGUAACUAUCUUCAAAUGUGGAAAAUAAGGCGAUUAAAAACCUUUAAGUUACUAAGUAAUUAAUUGAAUUUGAAAAGAAAAACUGAUGUCUUAUCUUGUUUAAUGCAUAUGAUGAAAUCAUUAAUCUUAGGUACUCGGGCACGUGUAUACAUGUGUAUACAUUCUUUGUCCAGGUGACCUCCUCUGUGAUUUUCCUGUAUAUUCUGUGUGGAUUGCAGGGUUUUUUUUCUGUCAGGAGUGAACAAAAGACUGUUACAUAACAUAUACACAGUACGAAGCGUGAGUUUAUAACUGGAGCCCGGCAGGAUUUUUUUUUCAAUUUGUGUGUACCUGAGUUAGUAAAACUGAUAAGUAAAUUAUAAUUGUUUAGUAAAAAUAAUCUAGCUAGUUGUAUAUCGCAAACAGUGUAUGAAGAAGUAUUUUACUUAAUACACUCAAUAAAUUAAUAUACCUAUUUGGUAAGACUCCUUCUUAAAUCCUUUAGUUAUCAUUUGAAUGAACCUUUAGGUACAGUAACUAAUUAAGCAAACAAAAUUUUUUU